GGAGCACCUAGCGGAAAUCUCCAUAGCAAUUGUUCACACAAUGGAAGAUAAUUCUCCUGUUUAGGGAAAAAUUGAAAUUAUCGUGCAUUAAAAAACAACAUUGAUGCACACAAAUUAUCAGAAUCGAUUCUGAAUAAGAUUGCACGAUUAUAAAAUAGUUAAAGCUAACUUUUGGCGGCUAUCAUAGUCAAUUAUUUUGAAACUACAGGAUAAUAACAGAGGAAAGUUUCGUGAAGUGCAGUUAAGGAGACUUUUUUUUUAGUUUAGACAUAUACACACAGAUUCAAGAUGGGAGAUAAGAAGAAUGAUAUGGACCGAAUUGGUCUGUUCCAGGAAAUGGGAUAUGUCACAAUUGGAGACAAAUAUAAAUCAGCCAAUCAAAUGGCAUUCAAUGACGCUUCACAAAAAGGCAAACAGAUGUUGCCUGGAGGGAGUAAGGAUAGAUCAGCAUUACAAGCCGGAUAUUUUACAGAUAAAUUUGGUAGAGUUUUUGAAUCAGAAGGAUAUUCCGAUCCAAUCAAACUACGACGGCAGCACAGGCUUAGAGAAGCUCAGAAAAAUAUAGUUAAAAGUGCAUUUUUACCAAGUAGUGGUGAAAAAAAAAUGUCUGGAUUGGGAAGUCAUUAUGGUACAUUAAGUGGUCCAAUUGGUGCACUGAGUCCGCAGGCUAGACCAGGAAAACCACAUAAAACUUCAGGAAAGAACUUUAUGACAAAUCCAGGAAAGAGGGGAACAGGAUUUGGCUAUGUCGGUAUAACGCUUGGAGAUUAUCCUAAGUACCAAGGGGAUUCCUAUAGCAGAGCAAGGGAAAUAACUAAGAAAGAACUUGCUGCCCAUAAAGCUGCCUUGAAAGGAGAUUCAUUUAAACUGAAUAUGCAUCCAAAAUCUUACUUUGAUUCCAAUCCAUAUCACACAGACAAACCAAUGUCCAGAAAAGGAUCAGCAUCUAUUACAAAGAAAUUGGAUGGUCCAAAAUUCAAACCAAGUAAUCCUGGAAAGAGACCUGCUGGAUGUAAAGCUGGAACCUUUGAUCCUUACCCAUCACACUCAGCUGAUCCUUAUAAGAUGAAAAUACAUCGUCCAGUCAAUGUAGUCAACAAGAGUGGAAAAAUAUUUGUCCCAUCACAAGGUCCAAAAACUACACCUUCUGUCUCUAUAGUGGAUCAAAAUGUUAUGAGAACAAUCAACAUACAGAAUUACAGAUCAGUGUCUUCAAUAGUAUAAGUUGUCUAGCCACCACAUUAAUUAUUUAAUUCCACCUUGAUGUGCAUUGUAUGUAUUAAGUCUGAAACCAGACACAAACUACAUAAAUUCAUGAAGAUUGAAGAACAGAAAUAAACUGUCUUACCAUGCUCUGGAUAGUAUGUUAUGUUGGGAUGAAGGAAAUAUGUCAUUAUGUCUGUCAAUUUGUAUCUUUUCAUUUUCGUAAAUACUAAUAUGUAAAAUACAGAGAAGGUUACUGUUUCACCGAUACUUCCAUUUGUUAUUGCAUCACAAAAUUUUGUGAUUUGUUUGCACAAAAAUUAGUAUUUGAAAAGAGAAAAAUGAGAGAAAUUUGAGUUAUCUUAUGAAAAAAGUGUUACUUAAAAGACAAAUAAUCUUAAGAUGUAUUCCAUGAAUAUCAAUGAAUUCACAAUACUUUCAUACACCUAUACUUAACUGUUAUUUGUUUGGUUUGUUUUUUAAUAUAUAAUUUUUCAUUGUUUUGUUGAAGAAAACAUAAAUUUGUUUUGUUUUGUUUAUGAAAUGGAAAAGUUAGUUAUUUUUUAAUCUAUUUAAUGACUCAAACCAAAGUCUGGUCUUUUUCAAAUAAUUUUGAUUUAUCUCCCCUUACUAAGAUUGAUUUUUCUUAAUUGAAGGGCAAGGAUUUGCUUGUCUUUAUUGAUAAGUAUUCCAGUGUAUGAGUUAAAAUAAAUAUUUUGACUUUUUUACAAACCAUUUAUAAAAGUUAAUAAAUAUGUAUUUUUGUUAGUGUGUAAACAUAUGUAUAUAAACAGUUUGUGAAUGCUAUUUAAAUGUGUCAAAGCUAUUUUUGUUUUAAUGUGAUACACAUAUCGUCUGUUCUUUACCUCUCUUAAACCCUUUGUAUAAUUCUAUUUUAAAACUAUCUGUUAAAUAUUUUUAUUUUUAAAAUUAUGCAAGAUAUCUAUAUUUAAAUAUGAUGUGAAAUACCAUUGAGUCCUCCACGGAAUACCACAUAGAUUGUUCACCCUUUAGAUUAUAAAAUUAGGUGCUACAAUUAGAUGUAAAGUAAAUGUCCAAACAGGCAGAAAUGGAAAGUUUGUACGGUUGAUAUCUUAAAUUUUUAUACUUUCAUAUUAUUCCUGCUUAAGGAAGUGCAAUAUUAGAUAAUUAUUAUGCUUAAGAAUUACAGUAUUGCAAUUUCUAUAAUAAAUUGUGGUGCAAAAAAAGAUUUGUUAAAAUCAUGGUUUUAGACAGCAAAAUCAAAAACUAAAAGUUUCAAUUUAUUUUUUUGCAAAAUGUCUUAUAUUAAUGGAAAAUAGCUAUUCAUAGAUUAAAUUUUAAAUUGUAUAAUCAUGGAACCAGUGUUUGCUUGUGUUUGACAACGAAACAUUUGGAAAUUAGGUAAUUUUAGACUUUUCCAUGUACUUAAAUGGAUUACUAGUUUGGUCAUUUACUUUAUAAUAUUAGUGAUAACUGCUGAAACACAUCAUAGAAGAGCACAUCAGAUUAUGACCUAUUUUAUUUCAAUGGAGGAUUAUGAGUCUAUUAAAUGGUAUUCUAUUUUUAA